GAAAAAGAAAGUCCCACUCUUUCUGUCAAAAUGAAGUGUGAUUUUAAUGGUAACCAUGUUCGUUCUGGACUGAAAGUGGUAAAAUCUGUUGACAGUGGAAGACUGAGUUCCUACACUCCUACAUAUUUGGAAGGUUCUUGUGAAGACUUCAUCAAAGACAAUGAAAGGUUAUCACAUAAUGGGUCAACAACUGUGAGUCCUCCUAGGAUUGUCGAACUUGAAAGUGAAGGCAAGCCCCUGCAUAACAAGGAAAAUCAACAUGUGCAGCAAACACUUAAUAUUACAAAUGAAACAGAAGAACUAGAAACCAGUAGAUUUUAUGAAGACAGUGGCUAUUCCUCAUUUUCUCAACAAGGAGGCCUCAGUGAACAUGAAGAGAGUAGCCUUCCUCUGGAGGACGAUUUCAGUGACAGUCCACAAUCCUGCCUGCUACAGAUGCAAAGCCCAGACCAAUAUCCCAACAAAAACUUGCUGCCAGUUCUUUAUUUUGAAAAAGCCGUUUGUUCAACAUUAAAAAAGAAUGCAAAACGAAAUCCUAAAAUAGAUCCAGAAAUGCUGAAGGAAAUUAUAUCCAAUGGAAAUUUUAGACUAGAGAAUAUAAUUGGCAGGAAAAUGGGCCUAGAAUGUGUAGAUAUUCUCAGUGAACUGUUUCGAAGGGGACUCAGACAUCUCUUAGCAAAUAUUUUAGCACAGCUCAGUGAUAUGGACUUAAUCAAUGUGUGUAAAGUGAGCACAACUUGGAAGAAGAUUCUAGAAGAUGAUAAGGGAGCAUUCCAGUUGUACAGUAAAGCAGUGCAAAAGGUUACU